UGUGUGAGUUGACAUGUGCGCAUCUUCACCUGAGAGUCGGUUAUAGAACUCACGGCCUUGUGUGUCGUUGCGCGCAUGACACACACAGCGGUCGGCAGUUGCUGCAGGAGGGCAGCUCUCUCAUGCUCAGACGGCAAACGGAAGCAAGAGGGGGAAACUGUGCGUGGGAACGGGUCUGGUGACAACAUCCUCAACUAUAUGUAUCUCAAGACUUAUUCAAGGCUGUUCGUAGUCAAGCGGAUCUUGGCAGACAGAGUGUCACCUAGGCAGUAGCAGACAUAAGCCACGUUGCGUUUUUUCGACAAUUUCCACAGCCAACUGCAGUCGCAAGUUAAAAUAUCGUUUGGCAAAAGCAUGGAAAUCGUGUGUCUAGGAAAUGGCUAGUGGUCUUAACUGCCACGAUGGAAAAGGGCGUUUCGGUGUCACGUCGCCCCCGUAGCGCGUUAUUCGGGUUUGAGAGGAUCCCGGCGCUAUGUGUGUAGUCGUAACAGUAAAUGCACUCACACAGAAGCAACAGCCACGAAAUUUCGAGUUCACGCUUUCACGGCGCAACACAACUUUGCAUGGAACGCCGAUGCAUUCAUUUUACACUGCAAUUGGUCAUCUCGUCUGCUGCCUGUCUCGUCCCACCCACGUCUUGCAACGACCAGAGCGCAGUGCUUCUUCAGUCUCGACUCUCGUCCGCCGCAACGAGAAACCUAGUCAACCUCAGUUGCGUGGCAGUUCUUCUCGCAGUCACAAGGGAAACGAUAUGGAAAGUCAGAACCAAAGAACAGGGUCGAAACCCUGCUUCAGUGUGCAGCGCGUGUCUGCAAGAAGUGUGCCGAGACCUCAAGAACUUGACUGCUCUCGUGGGAAGGCGGGUCUACGCAGCGCGCGUGGCGCCUUCCCCCGUGCGCUGGCCAGCAGAAAACCACUGCGGCGCUGGAUGUUCAGACAAGAGAACUUUUCUUGUUCAGGGAGAAGUGCCUGUAAUUUUUUGCGAGAGGUCCCCCAUCAAAGCUUGUCAUCAAAAACAUAUCACAACCAUGUUGGUCCUCGGCAGCACGUUCCCCGAUGUCCAUGCGGAUGCCUCGGGCGUCCCUGGCGACAAAAUAAAGUUAUACGACUUCCUUGGCGAUUCUUGGGGACUGCUUAUGAGCCAUCCCCAUGAUUUCACGCCCGUCUGCACGACAGAGCUUGCCCAGGCUGCGAGGAUGGCACCCGAAUUCGCCAAGAGGAACUGCAAGCUGAUUGGUUUCUCGUGUGACGACGUCAGCUCUCAUAAGGGCUGGGCGAAGGACGUUAUGAGCGUGGCCAAGCUGUCCGGAGAUCUCCCCUUCCCUAUAAUUGCAGAUCCGGAGCGCAAGUUGGCCACGGACCUUGGCAUCAUGGACCCCGAAGAAAAAGACAAGGCUGGCAUCCCUGUGACCUGCCGCGCAGCGAUCUAUAUCGGGCCUGACAGGCGCGUCAAGGGUCUCAUACUCUACCCCGCUACGGUGGGCCGAAACUUCAAAGAGGUUCUCAGAGCCCUCGACGCCCUGCAGCUUGCUGAGAAGUACCCCGUUGCCACUCCUGAAGGGUGGUUCCCUGGCGACAAAGUUAUGGUGCAGCCAACCCUUACGGACGAGGAAGCGAAGGCAAAGCUUCCCAAGGGCUUCGAGAAGAAGGAAUGCCCAUCUGGAAAAAAUUACCUCCGUUACGCUCCGGAUCCGUCGGCGUAGUCCACUGCGUGUCAGGUUUGAGCGGUCGGCCGACGCCAGGUUCAAACAGGUGCUUGUUGUUUUUCUCCGCCACUCACGGAAUGGCCUAUGUUCCGGAAGCUUGGCUGCGAUCAGGUGUCUACAGUGUUAAAACAGUUGAAGUAUAGCGAUGAAAGUCAGCAUGAGAUACCCUGCUCUCCCACUUCUUUUGGCAGUAGGGCCCUAGGGCAGCAUCACAUUCUGCACCCGAUGCAGCUCAGGCUUCACAUUAGAUUCGUGUUGCUGUUGGGCGAAUACGGUGUAAAGUGUAGAGUGUCCGUUCAGAUUUGCCCGCCUGUAUGUUGGAGAGGGCUUCGUCACGUGUCUAACUAGUUGAAAUCGCAGCAGGUGUCGGACUUAACGAGCGGAUCGUUUUUCGUGUCGAGUGCGAACAAGAAAGCGUGCUUUUGACACUGUUGAAAGAUGCAAAGAGCGCGACAGGAGCGUGCACGCGCCAAGCGCAGUCCCCCGCAGGAUAUCUUGUGACACUGUAGAGUAUCGUACGGUCGUAAUGGCGCGGCCCACGCAAGUUAAGACGUGAAAGUAUGGCAUGCGAUGUUUACAUGGGACACGGCGACAAAGCAGCGGCCAGCUGCCGUCGUUCUGCAGGUCUGCUUCAAAAAAAAUCGCAUGCACAACGCAUGACUCAUAAUGUUCACAGCUCCUACCCACCGAAGGAAAAGUCAGCGUGGUGUGCACCAACGCGGCAGUCUGCAUCUCCGGGUGUUCGUUACCUGAGUUAUAGGGCCCUGAUUUUUUUCCGCGCGAGUGUGAUCCCCGCUUGAAUGUCGCGGGAGUAUCACGCUGCUUCACGGCUGUCUCCAACAGCAGUCCUCUGGGUGUAUAAGUGUAGGUGAUCUGCAGUAAGCAGCACCAGUUGAGUCACCAGAACGCAAAGGCACUUCUACCCUAUCGAUUCUCCUGGAACGAUCUACGGCGCGCGACACGAACUUUCGUCGCAAGAUGCGUCGACAUAUCGUCUGGCAAAUAAACCAGUUCGCAGCAUGUUCCGCCGCAUCUACGAAGACUGGGACGGUAUGUUGGUUGGAAGCGACCAACCAAUCGCUUCACAGAGGGAGCUCAUGGGACCAGUGCCUUGUGACGCAUUGAUACACGAAGCGCAAGUCGGAAAAAGUGCACACAUAGUUCAAAUGACUGAUGUGUUAAACAGUACCUGCCGCAGGCCAACCGGACAUGAACAAAAGACCGUCUUUUACCAGGCUGCAACAUAUGAGACGCGGAAACAACAAACCCGUUGUAGGAUACGCCUGCUUUCCCUCGGUUCCACAACCUCGCUUGCAAGCCAAAAACUGACACACCGCAGCUGUACUGCGGUUC